GGGGAAUAGUGAUGUUUGAGGCUCCCAUCGUGACAAGAGCUACGCCAAGUCGAGCAGCAGGAUUUGCCCAUGUUUAGAAAGCCGCUUUAGCGAGAUUGUAUCUACUUACAGCCGGCAUCUGUCUCGUCCAAUCAGAGUAUAUCAAUCCCUGUGCCGUGGUCAGAUCUGUGCAAACGGGUAGAUUCCAGCGCGGGCAUUGUUAAGCGUUGGCCAAAUCGGCCUAAUAAUCAUGCCGACUCCCAAGACAUUGUCACUCUGGUUUCUAAGUCCCUUUGUAUAGUUUCGCCUGCUCAGCUCAUUACUGCUUCAUGCAUACUCCAGCAAAAUGCAUGCCGUUAAAUUAUAUGCGAGUCUGGGACUCGAGCUUGGAUUUCAUUUAUUCUCUUCGUUCUGCUCGUAGUUGCAAACUCACGCUGUUUAUACCAUCCUUCAUGUCGUAUUUCUCGCUUUACUGUCGUUGCUAGGAUCGAUUGACCGACGCAACGCGCCUUUGUCUUCGCCAUGGCCAGCACUCAUAGCACUGAUAAUACCACCUCCGAAAAAAAUGCUCAGAUAGAGCGAGACCCGGAUCUUGGAGCCGAUACGGCGAAGGAGGUCCUCGGAGAUACCGGCGCAAACGAGCCAACUUCUGUUGAUGCUACUAAGCCCGCAGCAGACGCAGGUCCCCCGGAUGGUGGACUUACCGCAUGGCUGGUUGUUCUGGGCGGAUGGUGCUGCUCAUUCUCCAGCCCGGGCUGGGUCAAUAGUGUGGGCAGUUUCCAGCAGUACUACGAAGUCGGUCCUCUGAAGGAUUAUUCAAGCAGUGAUAUCUCGUGGAUUGUCGCUUUGCAACUCUUCUUUCUGUUCGCUUUAGGUCCCGUAGUUGGCAUACUAUACGACAACUAUGGACCAAGGCCUCUCAUCAUCGGCGGCACGCUCAUCCACGUCGUCGGACUUAUGCUUGCAUCAUUGGCUAAGGAGUACUACCAAUUCAUCUUGACCCAAGGAGUGGUGUCCGCCAUAGGCGUUGCAUGCAUCUACUCACCCGCAAUCGCCUGCGUCGGUACCUGGUUUGCCAAGAAGCGCGGUAUUGCUAUGGGCAUUAUGGUGACAGGGUCAUCUAUCGGCGGCGUGGUUUUCCCCAUCAUGAUUAGUCGCCUAGUUGAUAGCGUUGGCUACCCUUGGGCCAUCCGGUCUGCCGGCUUCCUCAUCCUCGGCCUACAGAUUGUCCCUAUGAUCACGGUUAAGUCGCGUGUUAAGCCGGUACCAAAGAAGAUGCCCAUGGGGCGUCUGGCGGCACCAUUCACCGAAUUCCGGUUCCUUCUAUUACUGAUCGGUAUCUUCGUGCUAACAUAUGGUAUUUUUAUCCCCAUCGUUUACCUGGCUGUGCAGGGCUUUCAGGAAGCGCACACAUCAGAGCAACUGUCCCAAUACCUCGUAUCCAUAUUUAACGGCACAAGUCUCUUUGGCCGUCUGUUUGCCGGUUUUGGUGCCGACAAAGUAGGAAUAUGGAAUGUCUUUAUUAUCGCCUGUGCUCUCUCGGGCAUCACCGAACUAGCCCUCUGGAUCCCGGCGAAGACGCCUUCGAUCGCUAUCGGGUUUGCUGUUCAAUUCGGAUUUGUAUCGGGUGCCUUCAUCGGGCUUGUCGGGGCGCUACCCAUCCUCGUAUCCCCUCCGGCCGAGAUUGGAUACCGGCUCGGCGUGGUGUUCCUCGCUGUUUCAAUCCCAGCACUUACGGUGGCGCCUAUCGGUGGUGCUAUUGUGGGAAGCUCGGCUAACCCGUGGUUGAGUGUGAAGCUCUUUGCCGGCAUAUUAUCUAUCGCGGGAUCGGCUAUCAUUUUCGGAUCGAGAUUACUCUACACGGACAAGAAAUUUUGGAAGAAGUUCUAGACGUAAUACAACUACCGGAAUAGAUAAAAUUACAGCGAGAUAGAGACACACCAAGAUGGCGGAUAUGGUAACCUCGGUUGAAGACAAAUGCUACAGAUAGAGGAUGAAUACAACUUAGUGUAGAAUUGGACUAAAGGGAUGAUAGCAGGAACUAGAUACAUUGUAAUUAAACAUAUAAUUCGUAGCUCAAUAUUGAUAGUGUACAACAAGAGUUAACUGAGAGCUUGAGUCAAUUUACAGCACCACCCAUCAAGGGACUAAUUGCCGUUGAUAGGCUAGCUUAAAUUAACGCAUGUGUUGGCAAUGAGAAAUUUUUAUCCGG